AUGAUCCACGAAAAUCUUCAUGAGGCCCUACAGGGGCGUUACCUAAUACUAACAGCUGGCUUAUUAUUCUUCUCCUUGGUAGGAAAAUGUUUAUACGAGCUGUACAUCAACCCUUUGUGUAAGAUCGCCGGUCCAAAGCUGGCGGCAGUUACCCGUCUGGUGUAUAUGUAUCACAACCUCAUGGGAGACGAGCAUACAUGGAUGAGAAACCUUCAUCUGGUUUACGGAGACACUGUCCGGAUCUCACCCGAUCAAGUCAGCUACUCGUCCGCCGAAGCAUGGAGAGAUAUCUACGGCCAUGCUAGUGCAACCAAAAAGUCUACCGAGAAGGACAAACGAUUCUUCGGCACCACACUGAAUGGCACCCCAGAUGUCAUUCGCGCCCCAGCCGCCGAUCAUUCACGCUUUCGUCGCAACUUUUCGCAUGCCUUCUCGGACAAGGCCUUGCGCGAGCAGCAGCCGCUCAUCGCUCAUUAUGCGGACAUGCUCAUCGACAAGCUCCGAGAAAUUGUUCAAGCAGAUCCCAAGGCAAGGAUUGAGAUGGUCAUGAUGUACAAUUUGACGACAUUCGACAUCAUGGGUGACUUGACAUUCGGGGACCCACUGAAUCUGCUGAAAGGUACGGGCAAUGUAGCAUGGGUGACAUCCAUCUUCUCCAGUGUGAAGAUAAACUCACUCCGACGUAUCGCGCGGUACUAUCCAUGGUGUUCUUAUUUCUUAAACUCCCUCCUCCCUCGGUCGUUGAAACAACGGCAAGCGUCUCAUUACCAGUCAUGCAAGGACAGGGUAGAUUGGCGGGUUGACCAGAGUCUGGAUCGGCCUGAUAUUUGGGGUUUGGUCAUGGCGCAGAAAGAGUCCCUGCGCUUGAGCCGCGAAGAGAUGUACGCCAACUCCCAAUUAUUCAUGGUAGCUGGGACGGAAACCACCGCGACUGCAUUGAGCGGCCUUACGUAUCAAUUGUUGUUGAAUCCCGACAAAUUAGAAAAGAUCACCAACGAGGUGCGCGACGCCUUCGAGCAGAGUUCGGACAUCGAUAUGCUGCGGUUAGCCCAGCUGAAGUACCUGAACAUGUGUAUCGACGAGGGCCUUCGAAUGUAUCCCCCUGUCCCUACUGGGAUGCCUCGUCUCACUCCCAAGGAGGGUAUGGAAAUCUGCGGCGAAUAUAUUCCUGGCGAUACGGCUGUCUCUGUACAUCACUGGGCGACAUAUCGCAACCCGCGAAACUUCACCCGGCCAGACGAGUUUCUUCCGGAGCGAUGGGGCAAUGACCCGCAGUUUGCUAGUGAUAACAAGGCUGCCUGUCAGCCUUUCUCUUUCGGUCCUCGCAACUGUCUGGGGAAAAAUCUCGCCUACCAUGAGAUGCGACUCAUCCUAGCCAAGGUCCUAUACCACUAUGAUCUAAGACUGGCACCUGAAUCAGUAGGCUGGGAGAAGCAAAAUACGUGGACGCUAUGGCAAAAGAACCGAUUGAUGGUCCAACUGACCCCGCGAGCUUAA